AUGCGGGCAUCCCAGUCCGCCUCAGAAGGAUAUUCCCAUCCCUCAGAUGUCGGUCCAACAGCUCUGCAUCACCGAGACAAGGUUGAACUUAAUACUACCCCAGCAGCAGCACCACAAGCCACAGGUCAAGGACCUUUCAGCCGAACAACAGCCGCGCCAUCUCCCCCCGAGGAGGAAGGAACCUGGGGCGAAAGGGACGUCGGUGGCCCAGUCAACCAAGAACUUGCCCUCCACGACUUCGAGGAACUUCAACGGGAGUUAUCUCGCAUCUCAAUCGCCAGAUCUUAUGCCGCGACCUCACAGAAUAAUGGCAAAUCUCGGGAUGGACUUCUGAAGAGAGUUUUCUCCCGCGAGGGAGCUAAUGCCCAAUCCCAAGAUGAAGAGAAAGGGUUUGACACUCAAUCAGAACACGAAGGACUCCCCAGCAGCGAUGAGAGGGCGUUCCCGCUGGAAGUAUUCCUUCGCACAGGGCAUUUGGGCAAACACACGCCAUCUGGAGACGCUGCCAAGAAGUUGGGUGUCAUCUUUCGGAAUUUGACAGUCAAGGGUGUUGCGCAAAAAUCAAGUUUCGUCAAGACACUGCCGCAAGCGAUUUUAGGAUCCUUCGGGCCGGAUUUGUGCCGGUUUGUGUGCAAACUCUUCCCUAGGCUCAAGGUUGGACUGCGAGACGAGGUGUUGAGGACGAUCUUGCACGAUUUCACUGGUGUCGUGAAACCAGGCGAGAUGUUGUUGGUGCUUGGGCGGCCAGGAAGUGGGUGUAGCACUUUGCUCAAGGUCCUCGCUAACCAGAGGGAGGAGUAUGCCUCAGUCGAAGGGUCAGUCUCCUACAGCGGGAUUAGUGCCGAUGAGUUGGCGAAGCAUUACCGCGGUGAGGUGGUUUACAACCCUGAGGACGACCAGCAUCUUCCUUCUCUCACUGUCGGCCAAACACUCCGCUUCGCCUUGCUCAACAAGACACGCCGGAACUUACGUGAAGAAGUUAACCUGAUCGUGGAUACGUUUCUGCGGAUGUUCGCCAUCAAGCACACGGAGAAGACAUUCGUUGGAAAUGCCUUUAUCAGGGGUAUCUCCGGAGGAGAAAGGAAGCGUGUCAGCAUUGCCGAGACACUUGCUACCAAGAGCACGAUCGUGUGCUGGGAUAAUUCUACGAGGGGGUUGGAUGCGUCCACAGCGCUGGAUUUUGCAAGGUCGUUGAGGAUCAUGACGGAUGUUUCUAAACGGACGACCAUCACGACGCUGUACCAAGCUGGAGAGGGGAUUUACGAGCUUAUGGACAAAGUCCUUGUCAUCGAGGGGGGGAGGAUGCUGUACUUUGGUCCAGCAAAGGAAGCAAGGGGGUAUUUCGAGCACCUGGGGUUUUAUGCUCCUUCGAGACAGACGACACCGGACUUUUUGACAUCUUUGUGUGACCCGGUGGCGAGGAAAGUUCGGCCGGGAUGGGAGGAGAGGGUCCCAAGGACGGCGGAGGAGUUGGAGAGGGCUUUUAGGGAGAGCAAGGAGUAUCAGAGGGUUUUGAGGGAGGUUGAGGAGUUUGAGGCGCAGUUGGAAAAGAGUGGACUGCAAGAGAAAGCGAGGUUUGAGGAUGCUGUGAGGGAGCAGAAGAGUAAAAGGGUUGCUGCUUCUUCGAACUACACGAUCCCCUUCUGGCAACAGGUUUGGGUGUGUGCAAAGCGGGAGAUAUGGCUUCUCUGGGGCGACAAGACGGAGCUCUACUCCAAAUACUUCACCAUUAUCAGCAAUGGGCUCAUUGUCGGGUCGCUGUUCUACGACACUCCCUCCUCAACGGCAGGUACAUUCCUUCGCAGCGGCGCAGUUAUGUUCUCAGUUGUCUUCCUCGGCUGGCUGCAGCUUGCUGAGCUGAUGAAGGCUGUUUCCGGGAGGGACAUCCUUGCAAGGCAUAAGCAGUACGCUUUCUACCGGCCGUCUGCUGUUGCCCUAGCGAGAGUAUUGACUGACUUCCCUGCGCUAUUUGGCCAGGUGGCGGUGUUUAGCGUGAUUGUGUACUUCAUCACGGGGCUGGAUCUGACUGUGAGGAAGUUCUUCACGCAGCUGUUACUUACGUACACGACGACUAUCUGCUUGACGGCAUUGUAUAGGAUGAUGGCGGCGUUUUCGGAAAGCAUCAGUGAUGCGGUGAGAUUUUCAGGAACGAUGUUGGAUAUCUUGUUUGUGUUUACGGGCUAUGUAGUUGCUAAGCCGGUGUUGUUGGAGAGAAAGUGGUUUGGGUGGAUUUCGCAUAUUAAUCCACUGAGUUAUGCGUUUGAGGCUGCUCUAGCGAAUGAGUUUCACGGCAGAGAGAUGGAAUGCGCACCAGUUCAUCUCAUCCCUCAGGGUCCUGGAGCUCAGCCAGGUCACCAGGGAUGUGCUCUUCCAGGAUCACACUCUGGAAGCAUGACAAUCUCAGGCGAUGACUACCUCGCGAAUCAAUUCGACUACCACUGGACACACAUGUGGCGGAACUAUGGCAUUAUCGUGGCCUUUACUGUUUUUUUCUUGCUCGUCACGAUCCUUGCGGUCGAGAAGAUCUCGUUUCGCCAGUUGGGUGGCGGUGCUUUGGUAUUCAAGAAGUCCAAGCGUAGUCUGAAACAACUUCAGGACAAUGUUGUGGAUGAGGAGAAGGUCAACUCAUUUACUACUGCCCAUUCUAUUGACGGCUCCCCUGUGCAGAAGGAUGCAGCCGGCAGUGCGAGGGUAUUCACUUGGGAGAAUGUCUGCUACACAGUCCCAACUUCAGACGGCCCCAAAAAACUGCUCAAUGACGUCUCCGGCUAUGUCAAGCCCGGAAUGAUGGUUGCCUUGAUGGGCGCCAGCGGCGCAGGCAAGACCACUCUGCUCAAUACCCUGUCCCAGCGUCAGACCGUUGGAGUCGUCACUGGAGAGAUGCUUGUUGAUGGUCAUCUUUUACCGGCCGAUUUCCAACGCAGCACCGGCUUCGUGGAGCAGAUGGAUCUGCACGAGGAGACGGCUACUGUCAGAGAGGCGAUCGAGUUUUCUGCUCUGCUUCGCCAGGGUCGGGACGUUCCACGCGAAAUGAAACUCGCUUAUGUGAACAAGGUUCUAGAAUUACUCGAGCUGACCGACAUCCAAGACGCGCUCAUCUCUUCGCUUGGAGUGGAACAGAAGAAGCGGCUGACCAUCGGCGUUGAGCUGGCUGCUAGACCGUCUUUGCUGCUGUUUCUGGAUGAGCCGACCAGCGGGUUGGAUGCACAAUCCGCCUUCUCGAUUGUGCGUUUCCUUCGCAAGCUGUGUGCUGCUGGGCAGGUCAUCAUCUGCACUAUCCAUCAGCCAUCAUCGGACCUCAUCCAGCAGUUUGAUCUCAUUCUGGCUCUCAACCCUGGGGGGAAAACGAUCUACUUUGGGCCUGUAGGCGAGGAUGGUGCUGCAGUAGUGGGCUACUUUGCUCAGAGGGGCGUCCACUGUGAGCCAGGGAGGAAUGUCGCAGAGUUUUUGCUCGAGACAGCCAUCAAGGGCGGUAGGAAGCCCGACGGGAGCAGGAUCAACUGGGCCGAGGAGUGGCGAGUCUCCAAGGAGAACCAGAUUCUGAUAGAGGAGAUCCAGCGGCUCAAGACCGAGAGAGCCCAAGUCCCCCCCUCAGACAACCCUUCAGCAUCAAACCAUGAAUUCGCCGCCCCAAUCGCACAACAAAUCAUCCUCCUAACAAAACGCAUGUUUCUUCGUCAAUGGCGAGACCCCUCUUAUCUUUACGGUCGUCUCUUCCACUCCGUAAUCAUCGGCAUCUUCAACGGCUUUACCUUCUUCAACCUCGGCUCGACCGCUGCCGAUAUGCAGAACCGCAUGUUCAGCUGCUUCCUCAUAAUCAUGCUCCCUGCUACGGUCUUGAACGCAGUGCUGCCUAAAUUUUGGGGGAACAGGGAGUUGUGGGAGAAGAGGGAGUUCCCAGCGAGGAUGUACGGCUGGGUUGCGUUUUGCACGGCUGAGGUACUGUCCGAGAUCCCAGGAUCGAUCAUUGAGGGAGUUAUAUACUGGUUGUUGUGGUACCUUCCUACGGGCAUGCCUCGUAGCCCCGGGGGAGCAGGUAACUUGUUGCCCUGCUUUUUGGUGGUGUUUGCCUUGUUCAAUGGUGUUGUGGUGCCGUAUAGCCAGAUUCGGAGUUUCUGGAAGUACUGGAUCUACUGGCUCAACCCAAGCUCCUACUGGAUCAGCGGCGUUCUCUCGGCCACACUUCCUUCGCAGCCUGUCCACUGUGCACUCCACGAAGCGGCCUACUUCAAUCCCCCUAUCAACCAGACCUGUCUCUCUUACGCUCGUGACUUUGUGGAUCAAGUUGGCCGAGGCUACCUCAUCAACCCAGCCGCCACCACAGAGUGCGGGUACUGCCCUUAUGCGAACGGUUCCGAGUACCUUGCUUCGCUGGGUAUCGAUUCGGGGACGAAAUGGCGCAACCUGGGUCUCUUUGCCGUAUUCUGUGUGACGAACUGGACGCUAGUGUACUUUUUUGUGUGGACUGUUAGGGUGAGGAAGUGGACAUUUGGGUAUGGGACGCUUUCGAAGAGCUUAAGGAGGGGGAUGAGGGGAGUGAAGGGGUCGCUCAAAGUCGGGAAGGCAUAA